AGAAGAUUUUGUUACGAGGUUCAUGUAGUGUUAGUCAGGAGAGGUAUUAACAGCAUUGGCCGUUUAAUUCAUGGCACAAUUUUAAAUAGAAUUUAUAGCAAUGAAUAUCCAUAAUUUUAAAUAAGUCUAAAUAGAAGUUAUAGCAAUAAUUCAUUACCAGGGUCAAACCUCGGAGGAAACCUCCGAAACCCCACAUGCCGAAGCGUUUAGAAGUGUCAAAAGAACAGUGAUAAUCUCCACAACGGAACUUAAACAUGAAAAUGAUCAGAUUGGGGCAUCCUGGUUGUGUUGAGAAGUGUUAGAUUUUUGUGUUCUAGGUACGAACUUGUAGGUCCCAGUUCCUGAGGAUCGCAAAUCCGAGAGUCACGAGAUCAUCUUCGAUCCACAGAAGCAGGCGUGACGCCGAAGAUGACGGAUAAAGAGUAGUUUCCCACUCAAAACUGUGUGCAGCUUCAGUGAGAGAACGAGUUGAUGAAUAUCAAAUUAUCUGCGUGAGCAGCACCUUCAACAACCUAUUUGGCAACUGAUGAUCAGCAUAAAUAGAUCUUGGAGUCCCUCAUGGGCACUCCAAAGCAACUUUCCGGUUCAUUACUCAUUUGGAGAUGCCGUGGUGACCCGCAUCAUGCUCACAAAAUUGUGUCUUUCGGGAUCGGUUGCGGAGUCGCCACACUAGGCAAUCAUGUCGACUUGAUGCUCGUCGAUUGAGGGAGUGGACGAAGGCAAGGUUUGAACUAAUCUAGAAUUUCUUGACAAAAAUUUGCAACUGCGAAAUUACUAAAAUUAUGGGUCACUCGCAGGCGGCGGAUGUCGUCGUUUACCAACACACGGCGAGCGGCGAUCACUUGGCACGAUGCAGUGCUCCUGGAACACCGACUCUCGAUGAAGACCGCGGGACUUGUAAGAUACCCGAACCAAUCAGCGCCAUCUCGGCGUCGAAAUUCAGCAGCGAAGUACUUCACAGGGCCGUUCUUCGAGACCUUCAGAACCCGGAGGUAUGGAGGGCAGGGGUGUUCGAGUGCGUAGCCAGCUUCGCAGCGACGUUUGUCGGAAUCUUGUGCACAAUUUCCACUCUUGAAGCGGAGUUCUCCCACCCCGUUGCCGUCAUCGCCUGCCUCCAGGGGUUGGUUCUGUCACUAUGCAUCUUUGCUGCGGCGCCCGCGACAGGCGGCCACGUAAAUCCAUGCAUCACAUGGACUGAGAUGCUCACAGGCCACAUCUCCCCUGUGCGCGGGGUGCUCUACAUUAUAGGCCAGAUUCUGGGUUCCAUCGUUGGCAGCUUCAUGGCCAAGAUAGUCGUCGGCAAUGCUCUCGCGACGCAGUACAACCUCGGAGGAUGCUACCUGCAGUCGCGAGUGUCGGCCACGUCGGGAAUGAUGGGGCUCGGAACCGGACGUGCAUUAGUCCUCGAGAUCGUUCUCGCCUUCUUCGUCCUCUUCAUCUCGUACUCCGUCGCGCUAGAUCCCCCACGGUUGCCGAGAACUGGCUACACUUUGGCGCCGUUCAUGAUUGGAGGAAUUGUGGGCUUGUGCAUCUUUGCUGGAGCAGGCUUGUUUUCAGGCUACGGGGGGGCGGGGAUCAAUCCGGGAAGAUGCAUCGGCCCGGCGGUGGUGCUUGGGGGAUCUAUGUGGACAGGUCACUGGGUGUUUUGGGUCGGUCCCGGUUUGUCGGGGGCACUCAUGGCGGCCCUAUAUCGCAACAUCCCACCCACCCAUAUCCAAGUCUACAAGCUCCGGAAGGAGGCACGGAAAGGUCUGGUUGGUGGCAGGAAAAACAAGCCAUUCUUCGCCAAGGUGAAUAAUUUAAGACUUGCCUGCGGUAAUGAAAAGGACGGAGAGCGCAUUAGAUCCGAUUCCAGCGAGGACCAAAGCUCAUCUCACCACCGCGGCAAGCCAUUGACCUACGGAAGAGAUCAUGCAGUCUGAGUGAUCCAAGGCGUCGAAGGAUAAAACUAUCUUCACUCAACGUCCUCGACCUCUUGUUCCUGAACAAGAACCUUGUGAAGAGUAGGUAACACGUAGAGUAUUCGCAAGGGCUAAACUCUAACUGCAAGUUCAGUCUUUCUGUCGGUGGAUUUGUGUCAAUUGCCACAAUAGUGAAUUUAACCAUUCCUUGAAGCUGUAAUGUUCUUUCAUUCAAUUUCGACCAAAGAGUAUAUUAAAAGAAGUCACACAAUUUCUUCGGCGGGGACAUUGCGCAAUCUCAAGCAGCCGGGUUUUUCAUUUUGUAUUUUACUUUUGAUCUUCACAUGGUGAUAAUCGUGAUUUAUCUAGAAGUAAAAUAUUUUUGAGAUUUAA